AUGACUGGCACCACGGAGCUCGUGAUAAAGACGAUGGCUGGGUGCACGGGCAUGAUCAUGAUCCUCAGCCCCUCCAUCCUCAUCUACCGAGUCUUCAAGACGAAGGACGUCGGCGUGGCGUCCGUGAUCCCGCUCGUCACGCUCUUUUCCAAUUGCCACGUUUGGUGGCUCUAUGGAUAUAUGAUCGAGAACUGGUUCCCCAUUUUCUGGAUCUACCUCGUCGGAGACUUCGUCGCGCUGGUCUUCCUCUCAGUGUACUGGAAGUACACCAAGCAGCGCCGCUACGUGAACCGAGUGCUGACGAUAAUGGCGGCCAUCCAGGCAGUCGUCACCAUCUACGCGAUUAUCGGCGGCUUCGGCUACACGAACCAGUCGAGAGACAGCAUGAGCACCGUCCUGGGGCUUGUCGCCGACGUGACCGCUAUUUGCAUGUACGCCGCUCCAAUGGAGAAGUUGCUGCAAGUGCUCAAGUACAGGUCGGCGGCUUUUAUCAACGCACACAUGGUGAUCGCCGGACUCACGAACAACUGCCUCUGGUUCACGUACGGCAUUAUGACGGAUAAUAGAGAUCUUUAG